GAGCGCGGGGCCGGCCGCCGGGCGCCUUUGUGAUCGGCGCGGACCCAGCACAACAAAGGCGCGGCCGGGCGGCCGGAGCCGACAAGCCACUGGGCCGAGCUGGACUUUGUCUGAUGGCUUCUUCCGACCCUCCUCCACAGGCUGCUACAGGAGACCUUCCAGUUUCCGCAGGCCCAGGCCCCUCCCCUGAGGCAGAGGACGACUCCGGAGAGGCCUUUGAUUUUGAGGACAGUGAUGAUGACGAGGACACUAGCGCUGGCCUGGCUGCCCCAAGCCUUGCUCCAGAUCAGGACGCUACUGCCCCACUGAUUCACUUGGAUUCGGCUCCUAUCUCGGACUCGGACCCAGCAGCUGAACCCCAGACGCAGGCCCCACCAGUGCUGAGUAACGGGGAUGCCCAGGGUGCAAUCUCUGGGGUGCUGCGUUCUGGCUGGAAACGGAAGAGCUCCCGCCGCAUUGACAGGUUCACUUUCCCUGCCCUGGAAGAAGAUGUGAUCUACGACGACGUUCCCUGUGAGAACCUGGAUGCCCAUCAUCCUGGGCUGGAGAAGAACCUCUCUCAUCGGGACGGAGCCCUGCAGGAGGCGGACGACUUAGGCUGGAGCUCCAGCGAGUUCGAGAGCUACAGCGAGGAUUCUGCAGAAGAGGCCAAGCCAGAGGCUGAGCAGGCUGAGCCUGCCAAGCACCGAGUGUCCUUCCAGCCCAAGCUUUCACCAGACCUGACCAGGCUAAAGGAGAGAUACGCCAGGACUAAGAGAGACAUCUUGGCUUUGAAAGCUGGGGGGAAAGACAUGCGGGAGCUGAAGCACAAGUACGAUUGUAAGAUGACCCAGCUCAUGAAGGCCGCCAAGAGUGGGACCAAGGAUGGGCUGGAGAAGACCAGGAUUGCCGUCCUACGCAAAGUGUCCUUUCUACACAGGAAGGACGUCCUGGGUGACUCGGAGGAGGAAGACAUGGGGCUCCUGGAGGUCAGCGUCACGGACAUCAAGCCCCCUGCUCCGGAACUGGGCCCCAUGCCAGAGGGCCUGAGCCCUCAGCAGGUGGUCCGCAGGCACAUCCUGGGCUCUAUUGUGCAGAGCGAAGGCAGUUACGUUGAGUCAUUGAAGCGGGUACUCCAGGAUUACCGCAACCCACUGGUGGAGAUGGAGCCAAAGGCGUUGAGCCUGCGCAAGUGCCAGCUGGUGUUCUUCCGUGUGAGGGAGAUCCUCAACUGCCACUCCAUGUUCCAGAUCGCCCUGUCCUCUCGUGUGGCCGAAUGGGAUGCCACUGAGAAGAUUGGGGACCUCUUUGUGGCCUCAUUCUCUAAGUCCAUGGUGCUAGAUGUGUACAGCGACUAUGUGAACAACUUCACCAACGCCAUGUCCAUCAUCAAGAAGGCCUGUCUCACCAAACCUGCCUUCCUCGAGUUUCUCAAGCGCCGGCAGCUGUGCAGCCCUGACCGCGUCACGCUCUACGGGCUGAUGGUGAAACCCAUCCAGCGCUUUCCACAGUUCAUCCUCCUGCUCCAGGACAUGCUGAAGAACACCCCCAGGGGCCACCCUGACAGGCUCUCACUGCAGCUGGCUCUCACGGAGCUGGAGACGCUGGCCGAGAAGCUCAAUGAGCAGAAGCGCUUGGCCGACCAGGUGGCUGAGAUCCAGCAGCUGACCAAGAGUGUCAGCGAUCGAAGCAGCCUUAACAAGUUGCUGACCUCAGGCCAGAGACAGCUGCUCCUGUGUGAGACGCUGACGGAGACGGUGUAUGGGGACCGUGGGCAGCUCAUCAAAUCCAAGGAGCGCAGGGUCUUCCUGCUCAACGACAUGCUGGUCUGUGCCAACAUCAACUUCAAGGGCCAGCUGGAGAUCAGCAGCCUGGUGCCUCUGGGGCCCAAGUACGUGGUGAAGUGGAACACGUCACUGCCUCAGGUGCAGGUGGUGGAAGUAGGCCAGGAGGGCAGUUCCUACGAGAAGGACAAUGUGCUCAUCCAGCAUGCCGGCGCCAAGAAGGCCUCUGCGGCAGGCCAGGCCCAGAAUAAGGUGUACUUCGGCCCCCCGCGCCUCUUCCAGGAGCUUCAGGACCUGCAGAAGGACCUGGCUGUGGUGGAGCAGAUCACCCUCCUUAUCAGCACACUGCAUGGCACCUACCAGAACCUGAACAUGACGGUGGCACAGGACUGGUGCCUGGCUCUGCAGAGGCUAAUGCGUGUCAAGGAGGAGGAAAUCCAUUCAGCCAAUAAGUGCCGCCUUCGGCUCCUGCUUCCUGGAAAACCUGACAAGUCUGGGCGCCCCAUCAGCUUCAUGGUCGUCUUCAUCACUCCCAAUCCUCUGAGCAAGAUCUCCUGGGUGAACAGAUUGCACUUGGCCAAGAUCGGACUUAGGGAAGAGAACCAGCCUGGCUGGUUAUGUCCUGACGAGGACAAGAAAAGCAAAGCUCCGUUCUGGUGCCCGAUCCUGGCCUGCUGCGUCCCUGCCUUCUCCUCAGGGGCCUCAGCCUUACAGCUAGGGGCUCUGGUCCAUAGUCCCGUCAGCUACCCACUGCUGGGCUUCUCAGCGGUCAGCACCUCUCUUCCACAGGGCUACCUCUGGGUUGGGGGUGGGCAGGAAGGCGCUGGGGGCCAAGUGGAGAUCUUCUCCCUGAACCGGCCCUCACCCCGCACGGUCAAGUCCUUUCCCCUGGCUGCCCCAGUACUGUGCAUGGAGUACAUUCCAGAGCCGGAGGAGGGUGAGGGUGAGACGGAGACCAUCAGGCCAGCCAGGCCGCUGCCCCCGGAGCCCGCAGCCACAGUGCAUCCGGCCGUCUGCCUGGGCCUCCAGGAUGGCAGCAUCCUGGUCUACAGCAGUGUGGACACGGGAACCCAGUGCCUUGCUACCGGCAGGAGUCCUGGCCUGCAGCCUGUGCUCUGCCUGCGACACAGUCCCUUCCACCUGCUUGCCGGCCUGCAGGAUGGAACCCUUGCGGCCUACCCUCGGACCAGUGGAGGUGUCUCCUGGGACCUGGAAAGCCCCCCAUUGUGCCUGACAGUGGGCCCUGGGCCCAUCCGCACCCUGCUGAGCCUGGAGGAUGCCGUGUGGGCUAGCUGUGGGCACCGAGUCACCGUGCUGGAUGCUACCAGCCUGCAGACCCAGCAAAGCUUUGAGGCACACCAAGAUGAGGCAGUGAGUGUGACGCACAUGGUGAAGGCGGGUAGUGGCGUCUGGAUGGCCUUCUCCUCUGGCUCUUCCAUCCGCCUCUUCCACACUGAGACAAUGGAACAUCUGCAAGAGAUCAGUAUCGCCACCAGGACCACCUUCCUCCUGCCAGGCCAGAAGCAUCUGUGUGUCACCAGCCUUCUCAUCUGCCAGGGGCUGUUAUGGGUGGGUACUGACCAGGGGGUCAUCGUGCUGUUGCCUGUGCCUCGGCUAGAGGGUAUACCCAAAAUCACAGGGAAAGGCAUGGUCUCCCUCAAUGGCCACUGCGGACCUGUGGCCUUUCUGGCCGUGGCCACCAGCAUCUUAGCCCCAGACAUCCUGCGGAGUGACCAGGACGAGGCUGAGGGACCCCGGGCAGAGGAGGACAAGUCAGAAGGGCACGCCCCUGAGCCUGCCCCUGGGCCCGCCAGCCCUGCCAGCCGUGAGCUGGCCCGCAAGAAGGGUGUCCUUCUGCAGUAUCGCCUGCGCUCUACUGCCCACCUGCCUGGCCCGCUGCUCUCCAUGCACGACCCCCCACCUGCCGACGGCCCCACUCUGGAGCACAGUGAGGAGGACGGUUCCAUCUAUGAGAUGGCUGAUGACCCCGACGUGUGGGUACGCAGCCGACCUUGUGCCCGGGAUGCCCACCGCAAGGAGAUCUGCUCCGUGGCCAUCAUCUCUGGCGGGCAGGGCUACCGCAACUUUGGCAGUGCACAGGGUGUCAGUGGGAGGCCGGCACCCUGUGGGGAGACGGACAGCACCCUCCUCAUCUGGCAGGUGCCCUUGACCCUAUAGCCCUCAUCCAGGGCAGAUGACAGCCACAUACAGGGGCCCAGGACCAGCUGCGGAGGUGUCCAGGGGUUGCUCUGGAUGCUUUGCCUUCCAGGUAACCCACGUGGGAUCCUGCAUUGCACACAGACCUGGAUGCUCCAGUCACUACCCCAACGGGGCAGAGGAAAAUCCUGUUCUUCAAAUAAAAUGUGGGCAUGUCUGGGGCUGGAGAGAUAGAGAGCCCUAGAGGAAAUAGCAGGGUUUUUUUAGAGCAAAAAAACAAAAAACAAAAAACAAAAACAUGAAACCUCACAGAUGCCUGGUGAACCUGGGGCCUGCUCUCUGGCCCUUAGCGGCCAGGGUGGUAUGGUUCCGAGGCAGUGGAAGGGUGUGGAUUGUGUGAGUGUGGCGCGCGUGAGUGGGUGUGUGAAUAUCUAUAAAUACGUAUAUAUGGUGUAUAUUAUAUGUGUAUAAAUAAAGUCUGUACAUAUUGGAGCUCUGGGAGAUGCUGGAAUAAAGUAACAAUAACGUCCAAA